AGGGGCCGUGGGCCUCUCGGUUAACGAGCUUCGGGGGUUGCGGCGGGUUAGUGACAGGCGCGCUUGGCAAUAGCCUGUGCCGCUUUGCUUGGGACCACUCGAACUGGCGCCUGCAGAGUUGAGCAGCUGCCCGCAACGCCAAAAACAUUUACCAUCUAGCACUUUGCAGAGCAAGUUUGCCGACCCCAGACCUAGCCAACUGAAUUUCCACUGAGAGGAAGACGUGAUUUUCAAAGCUAAUUAUGAAAACAUUUGUCAUUGGAAUCGGUGGUGUGACAAAUGGUGGGAAGACAACACUGGCUAAGAAUUUGCAGAAACGCCUUCCAAACUGCAGUAUCAUAUCUCAGGAUAAUUUCUUUAAGCCAGAGUCUGAGAUAGAGACAGAUGAAAAUGGAUUUCUUCAGUAUGAUGUGCUUGAAGCACUUAACAUGGAGGAAAUGAUGUCCGCCAUUUCCCGCUGGAUGGAAAGCGCAGCACACCCUCUGGCAUCAAGAGACAGGGGAAACAUUGAGGAAAUUCCCAUCUUAAUUAUCGAAGGUUUCCUUCUCUAUAAUUAUAAGCCCCUCGACACUAUAUGGAAUAGAAGCUAUUUUCUGACCAUUCCGUAUGAAGAAUGUAAGAGGAGGAGGAGUACAAGGAUCUACGAGCCUCCAGACACCCCAGGGUACUUUGAGGGCCACGUGUGGCCCAUGUAUCUAAAGCACAGAAAAGAAAUGGAGAACAUCUCAUGGGAAAUCGUUUACCUAGAUGGAACAAAAUCUGAAGAGGACCACUUUUCACAAGUGUAUGAAGACCUAAUGCAAGAACUAGCAAAGCAAAAUUGUCUGCAAGUGACAGCGUAGAGUUGGAAUGCACUGAAUCCUUCCUGGAGUGAAUUAGGACAUUCAAAGGAAGCUAUGCAAGAACCUUAACCAAGAUACAAUGUGUACUUUGGUAUGAUGACAGCCUGUUGUUUUGUUUAUUUGUUUCUCUGUUUGUUCUAUCACACAUGAUUUCCUUAACACAUGGAAAAGUGAGUAGUUAUCCAUGACAAUGGACAGGAAUUUACUUUAACUUUGUUCUCACUCCAGGAAGUACAAGACACAGCAUAGCUCACAAAGAGUGAGUCAGUUUCUCUAGACCAGUGAUUGUCAAACUCUUCUGAAUGGGACCCGGAGUAAGGAAUAAGAUAUAGAUCACAAUCCAGUAUAUAUGUAAUCUAUUGAUGUGUGUGUUUGUGUGUAUGUAUCUAUAUGUGUUACGUGUAUCAUAUCAAGAAUUAUAAAAUAUUUACCUCACAUACAAUGUACUCUUGAUAUUUCUUUAUUUUUAAUUUUUUAAAAAUAUUGGUUACCAUCCCAUACCAAUGCCCACCUCCUGCAAAUAAAGGGAUUACCAGGAGUAGUCAUAUUGGUAAUCAUAUUGAAUAAAUCAACAAUUUGCCAACAGUA